UCUGUCAUCGCCGUCACCGCGGGGCUGGUCGCCUCUGCCGACGCUUUCUGGCGCAUGGAGUGUCAGGGACGUGUUGGCCUGGCACGAAUGGACCCGAUUGUCUAUCCCGGCUCUGACUCGCCUCACAUGCACGCUAUUCACGGCUCGUCGGCGUUUUCUGAGACUUCUGGCACCUCCGAGCUGCUGACCGGCAACUGUACAUCAUGCCGUGUAACUCAAGACAAAUCUGCUUACUGGCACCCUGCGUUGUACUUUCAAGACGCCAGCACUCAGGAAUAUGAACUAGUCCCCCAAGUUGGCGGUAUGCUUGCAUACUAUCUUCUCUACGGAGACAACAUCAAAGCUUUCCCUACCGACUUUCGAAUGGUGGCCGGCGACACCACCCGACGCACUUACACAGCUGGCGAUCCCACUCAACCUGACCCGCCAAAGUCCCUCUGGGCUUCGUUAGGUCAAACAAGCCAAGAAAUUUUGGCCCAGCGCGCCCUCGGUUUCAACUGCCUUAACUACGACAAGGCCCCUGAAGGUACUUUGUACCGCCACUUCAUGCCAGACAAGGCUUACCUCGAUGCCAACUGCAAAGAUGGUAUCCGUUUCGAGAUCAUGUUCCCAUCAUGCUGGAAGGGAGGCGAUGCGACCGAUAGCGCCAACCACAAGGACCACGUUGCCUACCCUGAUCUCGUCAUGACUGGAGACUGCCCUGCGGGUUACCCUGCUCGUCUUCCAAGCAUGCUGUUCGAGGUCAUCUGGAACACCAAUGCCUUUGCUGGCCGCAAUGGUCAAUUCGUCAUUGCUAACAGAGACACUACUGGUUACGGACUUCAUGCCGACUUCAUCAUGGGCUGGGACGAAAACUUCCUGCAGCAGGCCGUCAACACUUGCACCAACCCCUCUGGCCUCAUCGAAGACUGCCCUCUUUUCGACGUCGUUGACCAAAGCACCGCGAUGCAGUGCCAGCUCGAGGACAUGCCUGCGAAUCUGCGAAAGGAGGACGGCAAUGGUCCUUUCAAGCAGCUGUUUGGAGGAAUGGACGGACACGGCCAGAGCCAGCCUACCAGCAAGCCUACCAAGGUCUCAACUGCCCCUACCCUACCCUACCAGCCUGGUGUCACUGCACCCGUCAAGGGCUCUCCUCUUCCCGGACAGGUCUUCAAGGAUGGAUCCUCUGAUGGCUACUCUGGUGGUGUGCAGAUUGCUGCCAUUGAAUCGAGCCCUGCAGUUACUCCAGCCCCGGUGGGAGCGGCUGCCACUCCCGCCACUUUCGUCAGCACUCAGUACAUCACCGUCGGCAACGUCGUUAGUGAAAUCCUAUGGAAGCAGGCAUACACUACCGUCACUGUGGAUGCCCAGCCCUCAACUGUGACUGUUACCGCGACUGGUGCUCCUCCUGCCAAGCACCGACGCAGUGUUCAUGGUCAUGGACACGGC